CUAAUUUCUCCCAUUGCAAAAUCUCCCCCUCCCAUUCUUCCAACCGUCUCCAGCCAUCGCCUCCGCCGCCUCAACGCCGCCGCCGCCUCCUCAACGCCGCUGCCUGUACGCCCGCCGCCUCCAGCUCCAUCGCCUACUGGUCGUCGCCUCCGCCGCCUCAACGCAGCCGCGGCCUCCAGCCUAUUGCAUCCGCCUCCUCAACGCCGCCGCCACCGCCUCCUCGAUCGCUGCCUCUACGCUCGCCGUCUCCAUCUCCCAUCGUAUAUUGGUCGUCGCCUCCGCCGCCUCAUUGCAGCCGCGGCCUCCAGCCCAUUGCAUCGCCUCCUCAACGCCGUCGCCGCCUCCUCAACGCCGCCACGGCCUCCUGCUCCAUCGCUGUUGGCUAGCUGAAGCUUGCAUUAAAUUGAAGCUAAAAGCAAUAACAAAUUGUUCGUGGACACAUUCUGCUUCCACUUGAAGAACUUUGAAAUCCUUGCCUCUCAUUAUAGCAAAGGCAUGCCAGUCAGAUCUAAGACGGAGUUCUCUUCGGAGAUGAAGGGAGGAAAUUUAAAUAGAUUUAGGGCGAGGUUCUAUUCUUUUACUUUGGUUGGUCUUAUGGUUACCACCAUUUUCCUCUGGUCAUGGGAGAAGAACCCACUAUCAGCACUAUCUGCAGAAGAUCAGCUUGUAUGGCCUUCUCCAGCCUCUUUGUACCCAGAGGGGGAAACUUUGGAAGAAACUUCACAUUCACAAGCAGCGGAAGGAACAAUAAAUGCCAUAACAGAGCAAGGUUUUGGCACUGAAUUAAUAAAUGUCACAGACAGUUUUGCUCUUGAAAGCAAGGACAAUGGCACAAUUUUGAACUCCUUUUCUGAGAUGAAGGUUUGUAACUAUGCCAAGGGCAGAUGGGUUGCAGACAGCCGAAGACCAUUAUAUUCUGGUUUUGGGUGUAAACAGUGGUUAUCAGACAUGUGGUCAUGUAGAUUGACCCAGCGAACAGAUUUUUCUUAUGAGGGAUAUCGUUGGCAGCCUGUAAAUUGUAAUAUGCCAGAAUUUGAGGCUUCAGAAUUCUUGGAAAGAAUGCAGGAUAAAACAAUAGCUUUUGUAGGAGAUUCCUUGGGCAGGCAGCAGUUCCAGUCUCUCAUGUGUAUGGUCACUGGCGGUGAAGAGCGACCAGAAGUUAAGAGUAUUGGAUGGAAAUAUGGGCUUGUAAUACCUCAUGGAGCUUUACGGCCUGAUGGCUGGGCUUUCUGGUUUCCCCAAACCAAUACAACUAUUUUAUAUUACUGGUCAGCGAGCCUUUGUGACAUAAAGCCUAUAAACAUUACAGUUCCAACCACUGAUUUUGCCAUGCAUUUGGACCGCCCACCUGAAUUUUUGAGUCGAUUCCUGCCUCAGUUUGAUGUUUUAGUUCUUAAUACAGGACACCAUUGGAACAGAGGGAAGGUCACUGGAAACCGGUGGGUGAUGCAUGUUAAUGGAAAGCCGGUUGUAGAUAGAAAGCUGAUACAAAUUGGUAAUGCAAAGAAUUUUACAGUUCAUAGUAUUGCCAGAUGGAUUGAUUCACAAAUGAAUUUGCAUCCACGACUUAAAGCUUUCUUCAGGACAAUCUCUCCAAGGCAUUUCUUUAAUGGGGAGUGGAACACUGGAGGUAGCUGUGACAUUACCGUUCCAUUUGCAAGAGCGAGUAAAGAAGUCACACAAGAUGAAUCAAGCGACCCUGUUAUUGAAUCUGCUGUCAAGGGUACUAAAGUUAAGCUUUUGGAUAUAACUGCCAUUUCUCAACUGAGGGAUGAGGGUCACAUAUCCCGCUAUAGCAAGACAGCAGCAGCCGGUGCCCAGGAUUGCUUGCAUUGGUGCUUACCCGGCAUUCCCGACACAUGGAACGAGCUUCUUUGUGCGCAAGUAUAGGGUCCGGCAACUUGCUGACGGACUCCUUUUUGCGCAAAGUAUAGGAUCCAUCAUGUCAUUCAACAAGAAGUUGCCGACGCUUAGCAAACGAAAAAAACCACAAUUCUUUAUUGUCGAAGUUGGCCUACUGAUUGUGAUAAUUUUUCACGUAACUAGACCACUCCUUCUUUGAUGAGUAGAAGCUGCAUUUGGUGCCAACAAUAGUUUUUUGUACUAUUGUUGAAUCAAUACAGAAGCGGAACCCAUGCCGCAGUUCCUCAGAGCCUCCUGGUAAAUGGGGCCGGCUGCAUGCAACUCGGGAAUGGCUAAUGUCAAUGCAAAGUUGGGUCAUUUUACUGGUGCGUAGCGUGGCCACAAAUUUCAGCAUAAGGUACAGGGAGCCAACGCAGGCUUAAAAUGUACUUUUGAGUGUCCUAACAUUAUCUCUUGUAAGUGAUUCAUAUACCUUUUUCCUGAGCUCAAUAAGAAGAAUUCAAUUUAUCUCA